GGUGCGCUGGAGGAGUGAAGAGCUCGCCCCGCCCCGCCCGGCAGUCCUUGGUGUCCAUUUGUCCCCGGCCCCAGUUCAGUGGUGGCUACGUCACUGACGCGGCAAGUCGUUGGGACUGAAAAUACAUCGUGAGAAGAUAUAAAUUUUCCAUUGAGGAAUUUAGGGGGUUCAAGGAGCAAACAACGAAAAAGCUACAGGAAACAAACUGUCAAAUAAAUUAAUGGAAAUAUUGCAAAGGUGGACAACAGGCAGCAAUCAAAAGAAGAGAUUGAGAAGAAACCUCACAAAGAAUUUAAGAGUUUAACGCGAUUAAAGGUAUACAAGAAGCAGUGUGUAAGAAGAGAAAGUUUAAAGACGGCAGGUGCUCUCCGAGAUGUAGAGAUGGAGACAGAAGACCCUGGCUUACCCUCUAAGGAGGGGAUGGAUCUUGCUGAGCAGAAGGCUGGGCUAGACUCAACAGAGGCAGGUGGAGAUGAGCCCCUUUCUGUCUUGGAUGAGCAAGGGGAGCCCCCAACAGCCCAAAAUAAUGGACCCUUGAGUGUGGUAGAUGGCAAAGGGGAUGUGCAGGAGGAGUUGAGUGAUGCUCGGGAAGAACUGAGUGACAAGGACAUGUCUGAUUCAGCCUCCACUGAUAACACCUUGGAGGAUUCCAGCAAGUUUAACCGGCCUAUCAUGAUGGACAGUGGGCCCUCUGAGGAGGAGAUAGCACAGCAUCGCCCUGCUAGCCAUCGGGAUGAGGAUGUGACGGCUGAGAGCUGGCGGGCACACAGGAAACAUGUUUUUGUCUUAAGUGAAGCUGGUAAACCCAUUUACUCACGCUAUGGCAAUGAGGAAGCCCUGAGUUCCACCAUGGGGGUCAUGAUGGCCCUGGUGUCCUUCAUCCAGAGUGGGGAUAACUCGAUCCGCUCCGUUUAUUCUGAUGAUCGCAAACUGAUCUUUGUGCAACAGGGCCCACUGGUGCUGGUGUCUGUCUCACGUACCCUGCAGUCAGAGCAGCAGCUGCGCCAGGAGCUUUUGUAUGUUUACUAUCAGAUUAUCAGUAUGCUCACCCAGGCCAGUAUCACCCGCAUCUUCGAGAAGAAGAAGAACUAUGACCUCCGGCGCCUGCUCACUGGCUCAGAGAAGAUUCUUGACCGCCUACUAAACCUGGUAGAGUCAGACCCUUGUUUCCUGCUUGGUGCUGUGCGCUGCUUGCCUCUUCCAGCCUCCCUGCGUGAUUCCCUGGGUACUCUGCUCCAGAAGGCCAUCACACCCAAUUUGGUCUUCUCCAUUCUAGUAGCUCGCAGUCAGCUGGUUACCACAGUACAGGAGAAGACAGUCAUUGAUGACUGCCGGCUAGAACCCACUGAUUUGCACCUUUUGCUCAACCUCAUUGGGGCAACCUCUGCCUUCCAAACUGGAGAGAUCUGGACACCUAUCUGCUUGCCGUGCUUCAACCCUGACUGUUACUUUUAUGCUUACAUUUCAUACUUGGAUGCAAAAUGUACUGUCUGCCUCAUCCUCCUCUCCACUGACAAGGAGUCCUUCUAUUCUGUCUUGGACUGCAAGAAACGCAUUGAGGAGGGCAUGAGGACUCAGAACUACCUGCAGGCACUAUCGAGUGACCUGAGGAGUCCCUCCUACAGUGUGGGGCUGGUAGGAGUGCCGGAUCUCCGGCACUUUAUGUACAAGCCCCUGGAUAUACCUGAUAACUAUCGGCAGCUCCCUCAGUUUACCAGCCCAGAAUUGGAGGGGCCAUACUGCAGUGAGAGUGAACGCCACCGGCUCUUUGACCUGUAUCACUACCUUCACAGUCGUAUCCACAGUACCUCGCGCCCCCUGCGUCUCAUCUACCAUGUAGCUGAAAAGGAGACUCUUCUGGCUUGGGUCACCAGUAAGUUUGAAUUAUAUACCUGCUUCAGUCCCUUGGUGACUAAGGCUGGUGCCAUCAAUGUCCUGACCAAGCUGCUGCGCUGGAUAAAGAAGGAGGAAGACCGGCUUUUUAUCCGCUACCCACCCAAGUACUCCACCACACCCAACCCUAGUAAAGGAAGCAAGGGUGGCCGAACUGAUGGUGCUGAAAAUGGCUUCUUUGGGGUUCUCUAGGCUUAGGAUUUCAUCCAUCUUGGACUGCGUCAUGUGUGCUCCUCCUUGCAGAAAACUUUCUUGAUGGAGGGACUUCUAUGAGGAGAGGAGAACUUCAGGUCCCCAUUCCCCACCCCCCGCCAGACUCUGAGCAGAAGAAUUACAGUUUUUUCAGGUCAAGCUGUCUCUGGUGAAAAGUUUGGCCUGUUCUCUUUUUAAAAUUUCACUUCUGGUCUUGAGUGCCAUGCCUUUUAGGGAGGCAUUGGACCUGGGCAGAGACUUUCAGGUAGCCUGUAGAGAUGGCUAGGAGGUUGUGGCUCUUAUAUGCCACUUCCACAGAUAUUUGUGGAAAGCUAGGGGGUGGCACAUGGAUUCUGCCUGAACAUAUUUUACAUUGAUGCCUAUUCUGGAACCUUUUAAGCUAGAGUUCUCCAUUAAUGAGUGCUCACAACACUGAUAUUGUCACUGGGGAAUUGUAUCCUAUUGCCUCUCCUCAUCAGCAAUUUUUAUAGCAUGCUGAAUUGCCACUUCUGUUGCUGAGACAAGAAAUGGCAGGUAGAGAGUCUGACUUGCUCUGUUUCUCUGUGUUCAAAAUGACAAAAAACAAAACACAAACCCCAGCAGGACAGCUCAGUGAUCAGCAAUAAAGAUUAUCUUAGAUGUUGGGAAAUGCUUGACAAAAAUGCAAUGCUUGGUUAUCCAUAGUUGGUGUCUUUCUAGAGGGAUUGCCCCUCUGGAUCAAUUAAGUAGCUACUGCAGGCUGAUCAAGAGAUUGGUGUUUUCAGUCAGCACAUAAUCAACCUAGAACAGCCGAAUGUUCAUUGUAAAGAUGACUUGGAUCAGUUGAAUGCUAACUUGAGAGCACUGAAAGUGAAGAGACCUGGUUCCAAAUAAUCUUGCAUCCUGAAACUAUCCACAUUUUAAAUUUAAAACUCAUUUCAUCCUGCCUCUUUUGGACUCUAGUUCUCUUUUGAAUUAGGGAAGCUGCUUCAGUCUUUUGUUCUUACACCACAAAAGAGUAUAUGUGUGUGAAGGGUAUUCUGCAUUCUUCUGGUACUUGAUGUCUGUCUGAUGGCUCAGUUUUUAAUAUGUAACCAUGAUGGAAUGAUGGCACAUUUAUUUUUAAGAUCUUAUAUUGGAACUUAACUGGCUUUGGAAAAAUGGUCCUGCCAUUCACCAUGACUUCCUUCCCUACCCCAUGUUCUCCUGUUUUUAAAAUGAAGUUCCAUCUUGGAUUGAAAUGGGUGCUCACAAGAAAUUCGCAGGGGAAUUAUUGUAUUUAUGCUUGAAUGACACAUUGCUCCUGUGAGCACCAUUACUCCCCCCCCCACCCCGCGUGCUGGGAUGUCACCAGCUUUCACCUAGCACUUGUGUUUCUGUUUGUAGAUUUGGAGCUGGGGAAGAACAAACAGACCUGUGGUGAGCUUUCUCCUUUGGGCUUGGUAAUGGUAAAGAACUCUCUUCUCAUUGCUGUUGCAUAAAAACAAGAUGUGGAGUUGUCACCAGUUGUGGCAGCUGCCCUUCUCAGAGGGAGACUUAAAACAUCUCACUUAUAAGCAAUUAACAGCUGUAUUAUUUCCCUUCCUGAGCAAGUGCUCUUCUGCUGUGUAAAUCUGUGCCCUGUAUAAAUUUGCUGCUGUUGUUUCACUGGGUCUGUUUCCCUGUCUUUCCAGUUUGCUAAAAAGAAGUUUUAUUUUUGUCUACUGGGAAGUAUGAAGGGAAUCUCCUUCAGUGGGCAAUUCUGAUACCCUGUGUUGUCUCAUGGUGAGAAUGGGGUGAUGUGCAAGCGGGGAAGGUUUGGUCUAACCUAGGAUGCUUUUGUAAGUGUAAAGAGUAAUGUUGCCAGUUUUGAUGUGGACUGAGCCGGAACUGGAUUCUUCCCUCAUUGCCAGUGCUGCAGUGAUUGGAGGAAUGAUGAUAUUUUGCAGAGCUCGUCUGUGGCUAUUGGAUCCCUCCUGGUACUUGCUUGCUUGCUCAGCUUGCUUCUGGCUGGCAUUUCUCUUCCACCUUGGCAAAAGAAAAUAGCAGUGAUUCCAUGCAUCAUGUGGCUGAUUGACAAUGAGGGUUUAUAUUUCUGGCUGAAUUGUACUGAAAACUGGAAGCAUCUUAUUAAAUACAAACACAAGCCAUUUUAAAAUCAGUUCUGUCUUGGCAUGUGUCUUUUUCUUUCUCCAUCUGCCAAUGUGGUUAGCAAAGGUUUUUCCAUUUAAUUUGUCAGGACUGAUUGCAGGCAGUAGUUUUAAAGAACCCUUUAUGGUAGACUUGCAAAUAAAUAGGACUGACAAUUAAAUGAAUCUUGGGCUUUUAAUAAGUUGAUUUAAAUCUGCAUAAUCUGUGUGAGGGAAUUCUAAAAAGAAAAAUAAGAUUUGUUUUCAGAUUAUGUGCCCCAAGGCCUCGUAUCAGAAGAGGCCUUCUCCAUUCUCACACAUGGGAAACAAUGAUUCUUCUGGUUACCAUUUUGCAUGUUUUAAGUACAUUUGUUUUUUUAAAAAUCUGCAGUCCCAUUUCAUGGGAAGCAUCAUUUUAGUUGAACUAACUGAUCAAUUAAAUACUGCAACUGUACAAAUAAAGCCUGAGAGUUUGCACAUCUAAA